CUUUGAGCUACUCUCCCUCUGUCUCUGCCUCCCUCCCUCCCUCCCUCCCUCCUUCCUUCCUUAACAAUGGAAGCAGCAGAAGUCCAUAACAAAUGCCAAGCAGUUCACCCCACCUUCUCGUCAUCUUCGUCCUCGUGGUCGGCAAAGAGUGCCUCCUCGUCCUCGGAGGAUUGGUUCGAGAGCCAGAAAGGGAAGUCGCAGGAGACAGAGGAACUCUGUGCCAUAGACAGGAGAAGCAAGAAGAAGGCAAGAAACUGCAAUGGGGGCGAAGACGGGAGCAAGCACCCGACCUACCGGGGAGUCCGAAUGAGGCAGUGGGGGAAGUGGGUGUCGGAAAUCCGCGAGCCAAGGAAGAAGUCCAGGAUUUGGCUGGGGACAUUCCAGACCGCCGAGAUGGCGGCCCGGGCGCACGACGUGGCUGCCCUGGCCAUCAAGGGCCGCUCGGCCCAUCUCAACUUCCCCGAGCUGGCGCCCAACCUACCCCGGCCCGCGGGCCCUACUCCCAAGGACAUCCAGGCCGCUGCGGCCCUGGCUGCUGCCAUAAACUUUCCGGCGACAAUCCUGGUUACGCACCCGGAAUCAGCGGAAACCACCACCGAGAAGUCCAAUUCGGAGAAUUCAGCUGCAGAGGAAGAUUACGGCGACCCUUUCACGGACCUGCCGGACCUCUUGCAGGACAUCAGCAACCGAAUUAGCGGGUUCGGCCCGUCGAUUUUGCCGUGGCAGGUAGAGAAUGAUGAGGAGGCAGGGUUCCAUCAGGAGCAAGAUGACCCGUUUUACUGGGACUGCUACUGAGAGUGCUCAUCAUCAAUCACUAGGAAAUUCACUUCACUUGGAAUUUCCUAGGGGCAAAAAAAAAAAAUCAUCCUUUUUUCUUCCUUUUUUUUGUUUUAUUUUUAUUUUUCUGUACAUAUAUAUUUUGGAGUUUCCCAUAAAUGAAUGAAGUUGGUCUGCUAAGUGUUGAUCC